CCGCACUGUUACCAUCUUCGACUUCAACAGCCUAACAGCCAAGAUGACGAAGCGCACCAAGAAGGUCGGCAUCACCGGUAAAUAUGGUACUAGAUACGGUGCCUCCCUGCGUAAGCAGGUGAAGAAGAUGGAAGUGUCGCAGCACGCCCGCUACAUCUGUACCUUCUGCGGCAAGAACACCGUUAAGCGCAAGGCUGUUGGUAUCUGGGAGUGCAAGGGCUGCAACAAGUGUGUUGCCGGUGGUGCCUACACCGUCUCCACCCCCGCCGCCGCUGCCACUCGCUCCACCAUCCGUCGUCUCAGAGAAAUCGCGGAGGUUUAA